UUCCGAGGCAGCGAGGUCCGCAGCGCGCUUCGUGCUGUGCGCCAGGGCUGCGCUGUGGAGAAAGUGUGUGGGUUUUAAGGGGUUGUGCCCGUUUGGUUCUAAGCCUAUAGCUUCGUGGUAGUUUUAAAGGGAAUUAAGCCGCUAAGCGUAUUUUUGCAGCGCAGUGAUAGCGUCCGUCCUCAGGGGGAGGGCAGGUGUCACUGGAAGGCCUGGUGUGUGCCCUGGCUAUGCGCAUUCCUACGUUAGAACGGCUCUUGUGUGUCUGCGGGUUUAACAGCAAGUGCAAGGACCUAGGCAGUGCCUCUCCUCUCCCAGUUACCACUGCUAACUGCGCCGGCUGCGUUCCCUGCCCGCACACGGCUCGGGGGUAUCUGAAGCAUGCUGUGAACUACAACCAUGGCAACUGCCAGUAAUGAGGUACACCAUCCUGUAGAUCCUGGAAUUUCAAAGCUGCAGUUUGCUCCCUUCAGUAGUGCCUUGGAUGCAGGAUUCUGGCAUGAACUAACCCAGAAGAAACUCAAUGAGUACCGACUGGAUGAGACUCCAAAAGUUAUCAAAGGAUAUUACUACAAUGGUGAUCCAUUGGGCUUGCCAGCUCGCCUGACAUUGGAAUUCAGUGCCUUUGAUAUGAAUGCUUCAAUACCAGCACGUUGCUGUCCUGCUUUCGGAACAUUGUAUAAUACCAACACUUUUGAGACUUUCAAGUCUUGUGAUAAGAAAUCACUUCUGGAGAAAGAAGCAAAUGAGAUAUGGGAAUCGAUAAAAUCUGGAGCUGCGCUUGAAAACCCUAUGCUCUUGAACAGGUUCCUGCUGUUGACGUUUGCAGAUUUAAAAAAGUAUCACUUCUAUUACUGGUUUUGCUACCCUGCUCUCUGCUUCCCUGAUGGAAUACAUAUAAUUCAGAAACCGGUGUGUCUUGGUGACAGGUUCUCUUUAAAUCAGAUUCAAGCACUGCAGAAAGCAUAUGAUGACCUUUGCCAGACAGAAAGGGUUACAGCCUUGCCUUAUUUUUUAAUCAAGUAUCACGACAAUUCUGUGGUGAUCUCUCUGCUCAAAAAGUGGGAUAGUUUCUUUCAAGACCAAGGAGGAAAGGUGACAGUUGGAGUUUAUGAUCCAUGUAAUUUAUCCCACUAUCCAGGAUGGCCACUGAGAAAUUUCCUGAUCCUGGCAGCUCAUAAAUGGGGCAGUGUCCUUCAGACAGUUGAAGUGCUCUGCUUCAGAGACAGAACCAUGCAAGGGGUGAGAGACAUAACACACAGCAUCAUCUUUGAAAUAAAACUUCCACAGAGAACCUUUGGCCAAGAUUGCCCAAAAGCUGUUGGAUGGGAGAAAAACCAAAAGGGAGGCAUGGGCCCAAGGAUGGUCAAUCUUAGUGAGUGUAUGGAUCCAAAAAGGUUAGCAGAAUCAUCAGUGGAUCUUAAUUUGAAAUUGAUGUGCUGGCGGUUGGUCCCUACACUUGAUUUGGAAAAAAUUGUGUCUGCCAAGUGUCUGCUGCUAGGAGCUGGUACUCUAGGUUGUAGUGUUGCAAGGACCUUGAUGGGUUGGGGAGUGAGGAAGAUCACAUUUGUUGACAACGCGAGGAUCUCCUACUCCAACCCCGUGCGACAGCCACUGUAUGAAUUUGAGGACUGUCUUAGCGGUGGGAAGCCUAAGGCACUUGCAGCAGCAGACAGGCUACAGAAAAUCUUCCCAGGAGUGAAUUCAGAAGGCUAUAACAUGAGCAUCCCUAUGCCUGGCCACCCAGUGAAUUUUUCUGAAGUAACGAUGGCACAAGCUCGGAAGGAUGUGGCUACACUUGAAGAGCUUAUUGAUGCUCAUGAUGUUGUUUUCCUACUUAUGGACACUAGAGAGAGUCGGUGGCUCCCAGCUGUUAUUGCAGCCAGCAAGAGGAAGCUGGUCAUCAAUGCUGCAUUGGGAUUUGACACAUUUGUUGUUAUGAGACAUGGACUAAAGAAACCAAAACAGCAAGAAUCUGGUGAUUCAUGUUUUAGCAAUGCCUCCGGUUCUUCUGACCUGUUGGGAUCAUCACUCUUUUCAAAUAUCCCUGGCUAUAAACUGGGUUGCUAUUUCUGCAAUGAUGUUGUGGCACCAGGGGAUUCCACCAGGGAUCGGACAUUGGAUCAGCAGUGCACAGUCAGUCGACCUGGAUUAGCAAUGAUAGCUGGAGCUCUUGCAGUGGAAUUAAUGGUUUCUGUUUUACAGCAUCCAGAAGGUGGUUAUGCUGUGGCCAGCAGUAGUGAUGAUAGAAUGAAUGAACCACCUACUUCUCUUGGACUUGUUCCUCAUCAGAUCCGUGGGUUUUUAUCAAGAUUUGAUAAUGUUCUGCCGGUCAGCCUGGCAUUUGAUAAGUGCACAGCCUGUUCCCCCAAAGUCCUCGACCAGUACGAACGAGAAGGGUUUAAUUUCCUAGCUAAAGUUUUUAAUUCCUCACAUUCCUUCUUAGAAGACUUGACAGGUCUAACUUUAUUACAUCAGGAGACACAGGCUGCCGAGAUCUGGGACAUGAGUGAUGACGAAACAGUCUGAAAAUCAGCUGAAUAAGGUGGAAGAUGACCUACUUUGGACUGCAGUGCUGCCUUUUAUCUGUUAUUUGACAAGUUAAUGAUUGCUUACCUAUUCUGACUGCUACAAAUAUGAACUAUAAACCACAUAGUGACAUGGAUAUCUUCACCGUAAAAACAGUCUGUUAUGGAUAUAACUCUCCUUAUUUUCUUUUUUAUCAUGUAAAUAACCAAAGCAAUGUGGUUAUGUUUAAAUUUCUUCUCUUCUUUUUUUUUUUUUUUUUUUGGUUUAUGUAUAAAAUAUGCUGCUUAAGUAAAGUUUGGUGUUUUACUUGU